AAGCGCACGCGUCCACGCCCGCGCCGGGCCACCCGCACGAGCGCGCAGCCGUCGAGCCUCCGCCCGGCUCGCCUCCUCCCGCCGACCACGAGCAGCUGCGCGCCAUGCCGACCCGCCGAGAACGCGUCAGGGCCUUCUUUCGCAAGCACUUUGUCCCCGUCGAGCCCGUCGCUCAUGCCCCCUCGCCCGGCUCGUCCACCCGAGCCUCGCCCUCCCAGACCCGCUCGAAUUCUCGCCCCGCAACGCCGAGGAGCCACCACCCGCCGAGCGGCGUCACGGUCGCCGACCGGCCCAUCACGCAGCCGCGCGAGCGCCGGCGGCGCAGACGCAGGCGCACGGCGAGCCCUGUGGGGCUGCCGCUCUACUCGCAAGAGCCGCAAGAGCAGGAGAUGACCCUAUCAAAGAGCGUCGACCCGGCCGCGUCCCAGGUCGACCUGUCGCUGUCGCGCGCGACGACGGGCGAGGGCAGCUUUGUCGGCGACUCGGAGCUCGACGGCGAGGGCGAGGGCGACGAGGGCGGGCUCGUCGACGACGACGAGGAGGACGAGCACUCGUUCUUUGCGCGGCCGAGCAUCGACGUGUCGGGCGACGGCGCGAGCGGUCAGCGCCGACCCGGCUCGAUGCUCCUCUCGGCGCCCCUGGUCGUUGGCCGCCCGCGCUCGGCGAGCGAGCCCCUCGGCGCCGGCGCCGGACGCCGCGGUCGCUCGGGCUCGAGCGCGUCGGGCGCCGUGCGGCCGGGCAUGUCGCCGUACCUGUCGCACACGCCAGGCGGCUCGUCGCCUUUUGCGUCCCGCAGCGGCCUCAUCGACCUGCCCGUCCGCCCUUCUUCCCCUCCUUCGUCCUACCUCUUGUCGUCCUCCGUUCCCGGCACGAGCACGCCGCCGUCGUCUCGUCCGUCCUACUUCUCGCACCGCUCGUCGCGGUCCUCGCCCAUCAACGCGCUCGCGCCACCCUCGCCGCCGCCGACACUCGGUCGCCCUCGCGCAUCGACGCUCCAGCGCCUCAUGGGCAGCAGCGCCAACUCGAGCUCGUCGUCGCUCGUCCUUCCGCCAGGACCCGGCGUCGCAGGUGCGGGCGCGGGCAGGAGCCCGUACGGCUCGCUCGGGUCGCGCGCGAGCUCGAGCACGAUGAGCAUCCGCGACCAGGGCAUCUCGUCGCCGUUGCCCAACUCGUUCGUCCACUCGAGCUUCGUGUACCCCAAGGGUGGGCCGACGCCGCAGCAGGUCGCGUUCCUCUCGUCGCGCGAGUCGCUCGGCGCGUACGGCUACGGCCCGGGCGUCGCGCUCCCGCCGCCUUCGUCUGCGGCGCAUCGCGACGCUGCGGGCGACGUCGACCAACCGCCGGCGUUCGAGCCGGGCGUGCCGACCGGGCUUGCGGCGCCGGUCGCUGCGUCGUCGGGUCAAGGCGGCGUGCGAGGGAGAGCGAGGAGCGGCAGCGCGGCGAGUGCGACGAGCAUGGGCAGUCCGCUCGCAAGGGUCGUCACGCUGCCGCAGGACGGCGGCGAGGCGGACGUCGAUGCGCGCGAGAGGGUCGACACCGCGGCGACGGCGGUCCCGGAGCGCGAGCGUGUGACGGCGCCAGUCGAGGCGGCGCCACCUCUGCCCGCCCUCGAGCUGUCGGCCGAGGACGACGUGCCGCGACUGCCGGCCCUCGAGCUCGACUUUGGGUCGCUCGCGCUCUCGAUCCCGUCGCCCUCGCCUUCCUCUCCCUCGCCCUCACCUCUCCCCGCAACCGCCACCUCGUCUUCGUCACCACCUUCCAUACGCGCAACGCGCCCGCCUGACAUCGUCACGUGCGCCCCGACGCCCACAACGAGCGCCGCCCCGAGCCCGAGGCUCCCUGCCGGCGCCGGCUCGGCCGGCUUUGCCUACGCGCCGCCGUCACCGCCGCCACCGCCCAUGUUUGGCGCACGCGUCGCCGCGCAGCUCGAGGCGAGCGCGAGUGAGACGAGGAGAGCGGCGUGGGAGAGUCGAGCGGGCGAGGUCGAGGUCGACGACGAGGACGAGGUCAAGGCGGGCAGGGCGCUGUGA